AUGGCCCUCACCCAUGCUGGUAUAGUCCAUCAACCUCGGGGGCAAUCCACUUUGGCAUAUCUUCCAGUCGAGGAGGUUAUCAUCAAGGCAUGGGUCGUCGACGUUCUAACUCAAGUUUUCAAGAACGAAUCAGAGAGCCCUACCGCUAGGGCGAAGUACGUCUUCCCGCUGCUGGAACGAUCGGCUGUCUGUGCCUUUGAGCUUCAACAUGCCGACGGGCGCCUGAUUGUUGGCUCCGUGAAAGAAAGUGAAAUGCAGAACAAGCGUUUGAAACAGCAGUCGCAUCGAGAAGAACCGCUGCACUGGUGGAACGCGAAACAAGUUACCACCCAAAUCACGUUUAUCAUGGACCUGCUUGACGAAGGUCUCCGGGAUCACGUGCGCCUCCAACUUCCCUUGACCAUCUUUAAUCAAUAUGGCCCUCUGCCAGCAGCGAUGGUUGGUGCUGCUUCAGCAUCAAACACCACCCGCAUCGACGUCAACGUCUAUGUUCAAAUGAGUGAUACCAUCCAUGCCAUACGCAGCGUAAACCAUCCUAUCAAAGUGCCACAGCACAACACACACAAUGAGCGCAAGUCCCAGCGGAUGUCUGCGUCUUGGGCGUCACAGGCCCUCGUACCAGGAGAUUUUGUCCUUACCAUAUACACCGACGGGCUCGACAAACCGAGAUGCUUUGCAGAGCUCACCCUCGUUCCUUCCCUCAACGCGCUACGUAGUUCAUCACAAGAAUACAUAUUCGUCAUCGACAUAUCAUACAGUAUGGCUGGCCUGCGACUCGAAACCGCAAAGCAUACAAUGUCAAUGCUCCUACGUUUCAUGCCAAGCACUCAAACUAUUUUCAAUAUCUUAUGCUUCUCUUCUAACGUGCGGUCGCUCUGCGGCUGGACCACAUCUCGUGACUUCGGCCAAGAUUCCCUUCGUGGCGCCGCGCUCACGGUUGACGUCGGUGGUACAGAGAUUACCAACGCGUUGGAAGCUGCAGUAAGCAGUCGACGGCACGAUCGACCGACCGCAAUUUUCCUUUUGACGGAUAGCGAGGUAUACGCGGGACAUUGGUGGCCUUAUGGGGGUGUUGUAGCCGAUGCUGUCGAGAAUGCUGGCCCAGACGCCCCCCUACGUGUAUUUGUACUCGGCAUUGGGUCCCUGUCGUCUGAAGUAUGCGAAGGAAUCGCCCGUGCUAGGAAUGGAGAGUGCCUAUUGGCAGCUACACAUGAAAGCAUCCUCGGAAAGUGUGCCCGCCUAUUUAACGCAGCACGGACAAGGAAAAUUGAGAAUAUCAAAGUGGAUUGGGGUGUUCAGCCUACAUCCAGAGCCGCCCAGCCGAAAAAGUCACAGCUCGUUAACUCCGUGGGGAUGCUUGUGCUGGAACCCCCACCAACUCUGCAGCAGGUUCCACAUGCUCUGGUCAAGGUUUCGGCCGGGAUUCGCUUUACUGUCUUUUCGAUCAUUUCUUCUAGGCGAAUACCAUCCUCGAUCAAGCUCUUCACUAAGUUCCAGGGGGUAGAAGAACCUAUGGAAUGGAUCGUUCCAGUUACGGACGUCAAACCCUUCAAAGACCCGAAAUGCAAGAUCCCCCUCAUACAUACCCUCGCGACACGCAAAUUAAUCACAGAACUCUGGGAGCGUAGAGCACCACUACCAGCCCUGGUUAAUACUGCUGUGGCACCUGAUGACGGAAUCAGGAGGGCAGCGAUUGUGAGGCUCGGGUUAGGGUACCAGCUUAUAAGUCAGUACACAUCUUUUGUGGCAGUGGAUGUCGAGGACCAAGAGUCUGGGCGCAUUAGUGGUCAAACCAGACGGGACACAGGAAGGACCAAAACGACGCGGCAACUACACUCGUCAUUACCACCACAAGUUGAUGGGAACCAAGAUGCUGAUCAAGAUGAGGAUGAUGGCAUAUUAGGCACUCUCCUCAACGAUCUUACUUCGGCGUUCUCAUUCGUUUCCGGUGUGCUCGGUGCUCCCGUAUCUGAUCCAAGGUCGACCUCGGAUGGCGAGCCCGAGAAUAUUCCUGGGGCAUAUGUGGAUUCCGAAUCUGGUCCGGACGAUAGACGUCCGCGCGGUCGCUGCCCUAGAAGCGUGGGACAAAGUAUCCCUCGUCGUGAUAGCACAGGCUUGUUCUCGUCACUAAGUUCGCUUAGAACAUCGUGCACUUCCUGCUGGACGUUAUCUCAGUCACCGAGUCCUGAUGAUCCAAUCGCCCGUGCCCCUUCUCCCAAGUUCGUCUGCGCGACUGGGGUCCCAUGUAUACCAUAUGCAGCUACCCCGCAGGCCUCGCUUCCCCCAAUCGGCUGUGGCCCCAGCGGCAUGGACGAACACUGGAGCAGUGACCCAUAUAUACCACAUGCAGCUACCCCGCAGGCCUCGUUUCCCCUUGGCUGUCUCCCUCCCAGUGGCAUGACCGAACACUGGGGCAGGACGAACACUGGAGCAGGGGCCCAGGCCUCGUCUUCUCCGGUCGACCCCAGUGGCGUGAACGAACACAGGAGCAGGGACCCAUGUAUACUACGCGAGGCUACCCCGCAGGCCUCAUUUUCGUCGGACGCGUCAUCUGCAGGCCCGCCGACCGUUUCAGCGGAAGCAUAUCAAGUUUCCCAACUUAUCGAUUUUGAUGGCUGGUUCUAUCCUAGUGCUGAAUUGGCUCGGAUUGUGGGAUCUGAAAUACUACAGAAGGGGGAUGAGCUCAGGGUUGAUGGGAGGUUACGCAAGCAAGGGAACGGGGCAACUUGCAGGGGGAUUUUGAGGACAUGGUUAGACAUGUGUCAAAGUUGCUUGAGGAGGAACAAGGAAUUGAUCAGUGAAGCUGUUUGGAGCUCCUACACGCUGACCAUCCUUCCCACUGUGGGGGGUACCUCGCCCGACUAUAACCAAGUGUUCAGUGCGAUGCAACAACAGCGAUAUUCUCGGCGAAGCACGAUACACACGUUUCUCCACGAUAAUUGGCAUAACGAACAUUUGGAGCCUGUACAUUCUACCCAUGACCCGUUAGGUCAUGAGAGCAAUUUCAUAUUCAAAUACCACCGAGGAAUCAAUGCUAAGACUCAGAAUCACCUAUAUGACGAAUUUAUGAUUUACUUAGCAAAGUAA